AUGGCUAAAUUCAUCUCUAAUUCGAAGCUUAGUAAAGAGUCCACCUCUGGAAUAGAAGAUGGAACCUUGGGUUGUGCAAGCAAUAAAUUUCCUCGGAUUUUUCAGGAAUAUAAUCGAGAACAUAGUCCUGCUAUUAUUAGUCUGCUUGAGACUAGGGUUAGUGGAUCCAAAGCUGACAAUAUUAUUGCUAAAUUGGGUUUACUUAAUUCACAUCGCGUUGAAGCGGUUGGUUUUUCGGGAGGCAUCUGGAUUGGAUGGAAGAGUUCGAUCCAUCUUGAGAUUAUUUUUAAUCAUCCCCAAUUCAUAUUGACUCGGAUUCGACCUUCGGGUUCUUCAAAUCCUAUUUUUAUCUUUUUUGUUUAUGGGAGUCCAAAUAAGCAAAAGCGCAAGGAGCUGUGGAAUAGUUUAAAUAGUUCGAUUCCUUUGGGGAACUAUCCGUGGGCUGCUAUUGGUGACUCUAAUGCUAUGACUAAGAGUAGGCGUUGUCCUUUCUUUGGUAAUUUUGUGGAUAAUGCAAAGCUUUAUGACCUAGAAUUCAGAGGUCCUCCCUUUACUUGGUACAGAGGCUUGCUUUUUGAGAGACUUGAUCGGGCUUUGGGUAACGAAGCUUGGAUUCAGGCUUUUCCAAAUAGCUUGGUCACUCACCUCCCUAAAAUUAAAUCCGAUCAUAGGCCUCUUCUUCUUUUUUCAAAUCCAGAAGUUUAUCUUCCAAAAGGCAGACCUUUUCAUUUUUUGGCUGGCUGGGUUGAACAUCCUAAUUUUGGGAAUUUCGUAAAAGAUAAGUGGGCUUACUCUGGUGACAUGUCUAAUUCCUUAAGUAUGUUUACUCGCGACCUUAAGAAUUGGAAUAAGACGGUGGAGUUAAAGAUUCAACAGGAGUUAGAUAAUAUUCUUCGUCAUGAAGAAAUCCUUUGGAAGCAGAAAGCCUGUUGUGAUUGGCUACAUUUUGGAGACCAUAGUACUAAGUUCUUCCAUUCUCGCACGUUGCGUCAGAGGAAGAAUAAUCGUAUUACUGCGAUUCACAAUGACCAUGGGGACUGGAUUUAUGAACCAGAAGCUAUAGAAGCUGAGGCCAAUAAAUUUUUCCAAAACCUUUAUUGGGAGUCACCUGGUCCUAUGGGGAGCCUACCAUUUAGUCAGUUUCCUGGUCUUGAUCAGGUUGAAAAUCCUGAGGAAUUUAUUCAUUUUCGACCGAUCAGCCUGUGCUCUGUGCUUUACAAACUUGUGAUGAAGAUUAUCGCAAAUCGCUUUAAGUUUAUUUUCCCGAAGAUUAUUGGACCAGAACAAGCAGGCUUUAUUGCAGGAAGGAAUAUCACUGACAAUGUCAUUAUCGCUCAAGAGGUUAUACAUUCUAUGAGGAGCUUUCCCAAAAGGAAGUGGAUAACUAUCAGGAUUGAUUUGGAGAAAGCCUACGACAGAGUGCGAUGGGAUUUUAUCAAUGCCUUCCUCCAAGCUGCUGGUAUUCAUUCUUUCCUCAUUAAUAUAAUUAUGUCAUCUAUUACUAACUCUUCGAUGCAGGUUCUCUGGAAUGGUGUCCCUUUGUCUAAAUUCAGGCCGGGUAGAGGUAUUCGACAAGGCUGCCCGUUAUCCCCUUACCUUUUUGUUUUAUGUAUGGAUUGGCUUGGCCAAGAGAUUUAUUCGACUAUUUCGAAGGGCCAAUGGAAACCCAUUCGUCUUUCUCGCUCAGGUCCAUCUAUUUCGCAUUUGUUCUUUACUGAUGACUUAGUUAUUUUUAGCAAAGUAGAUCAGGAACAUUGUCGUCUUAUCAAGGAAAUUUUGGGGAGGUUCUAUGAUUUCUCUGGGCAUAAAAUCAAUGCUGGGAAAAUAAACAUUUUCUUCGCUAAAGGGGUGGAUGUGACGGUGGCUGACUCGAUUAGUACUUUUUUUAGUUUUCAGAAAGUUCAGAGUCUUGGGCUCUACCUUGGGAUUCUGUUGUUUCAUCAGAGGGUUACAAAUAGUACCAUGCACUUUGUUGUCGAAAAAGUUAGAAGGAAGCUCCAAAACUGGGAUGCUAAAAGGUUAUCCAUUGCCGGUCGCAUAAUUUUGGCUCAAUCAGUUCUCAUGACUAUUCCUAGCUACUUCAUGCAAUCCAUGAUGAUUCCUAGGGGAAUUUGCAAUGAGAUUGAAAGUUUGGUGAAGCAGUUCAUUUGGGGAUCAUCUGAGCAGAAAAAGAAGAUGGCCUUGGUUGGGUGGGAUUCUAUGUGUUAA